AUGGACAAACUCCUUGAGCACCCUGAGUUCACUGGUGGUAUUAGUCGCAUUCGUCAUGUUGCUUUUGUUGUUGGCGAGGAGUCGGGUUGGGAAAAUUUGAAAGCCCAGGUUGAUGUUGGGACGUAUGAUCCUUCGGCUAGCGACUCAUGGUCUAGCCAUUCUUCAGCCUUGGAUGAUGCUUUACUAGCUUUCGCAACUAUGGAUUUCAUUGGUUUGCUUGGAUUAGGUCAUUUGGACAUUGUUGGGGUGAGGGCAUUAUGUACAUUUGAUGAUGGUGAGGAAUGUGUGGGUGAGUUAGUUGUAGGGACAGGUGGUGACGGUGUUGGCAGGAGUGGCGGUGAUGGUGCUGGUGGGAGUGGCGGUGAUGGUGCUGGUGGGAGUGGCGGUGAUGGCGUUGGUGGGAGUGGCGAUGAUUGUGCUGGUGGGAGUGGCAGUGAUGGUGCAUGUGAAAUUGUUUAG